CCCCCUCCCCCCCCCCCCCAGCUUGGCAUCGCUCCUGGAAGAGUUGGGUUUUUUUGUUGUUGUUUUCUUUUUUAAAUACAAAUCUGCGUGUUGAUUUUUAAACAACAAACAAAUCCCACCACCACACACCCCCUCCCCGCACACAAGCCUGCCUCUGGGAGGGAAAUAGCCAGGUGGAAUCUCACUCUGUUUCCAUGGACAACCCGUCCAUUAUCACCCAGGUGACUAACCCCAAAGAGGAGGAGAUCCUGUCCUGCACUCAGGAUAAAGUGUCCCAAUGUAAUAUCAGCUUGAAGAAGCAGAGGAGUCGAAGUAUCUUUAGCACCUUAUUCUGCUGCUUUCGUGACUACAAUGUCGAACCACCAUCUACCAAUAGCACCAGUGCUCUUCCUCCUUUGGUGGAGGAGAAUGGAGGACUUCAGAAGGGUGACCAGAUGCAGGUCAUGCCUAUACCAAGUGGAAUAUACUAUUUCCACGGGACUGAAGCAGUGCAGCAGUCGUUUCACUACAAGCCACCAGCUAAAUACCUCCUGCCAGAACUGACAGCAUCAGACUAUGGGAAGAAGUGUGUGGUCAUUGAUUUAGAUGAAACUUUAGUGCACAGUUCAUUUAAGCCAAUUAGCAAUGCUGAUUUCAUCGUUCCUGUUGAAAUUGAUGGAACAAUACAUCAGGUUUAUGUAUUGAAACGACCACAUGUGGAUGAGUUUCUUCAGAGGAUGGGAGAGCUCUUUGAAUGUGUACUCUUCACAGCCAGUCUAGCCAAGUAUGCAGACCCAGUAGCUGACUUACUGGAUCGCUGGGGUGUGUUCAGGGCAAGGCUCUUUAGAGAAUCCUGUGUUUUCCAUCGAGGAAAUUACGUGAAGGAUCUGAGUCGACUGGGACGUGAGCUGAGUAAAGUUAUUAUAGUAGAUAAUUCUCCUGCAUCUUACAUCUUCCACCCUGAAAAUGCAGUGCCUGUGCAGUCCUGGUUUGAUGACAUGACAGACACAGAGCUGCUAGAUCUUAUUCCUUUCUUUGAAGGACUAAGCAAAGAGGAAGAAGUUUACAGUAUGCUUCAUAAACUCUGCAACAGGUAGCCCUUAACUUUGACUGACUUCUGCUACUAGAUUGCAGUUGCUAGAGGCUGUCUCCAUCUUUUUCAGCUCUUUCAAAUGUAAGCUUUGGGGAAGUCGCCCCUGUCAGAAGUGCUACUCUUGAUCUUCCUGUUACAUUGGACACGAAGGACAAUCAUGAGUGAUGCUAUUAAGCCUUGAGAAGCCUGACUCCUAAGGUCAUGUGUUCAGACUACUUUUUUAAAGGAAAACAAAAAACAAAAAAAAAGAAGCUAUUUUAAAUGGGACUCUUUUAAUGAAUUUCAUAAAUGGACAUCUUUUACUGGAUCAGCUUUUCUUAAAACAUGCCAAAAAAAGAAGCUUGUAUUUCAGCAGUUGAAUUUCUCUCCCUUUCUUCCCCUCCCACUAUGCAGACAAUUUUACCCCCUGCUUAGAGCAGUUGACCUGACUCUGAAUUUUUUCUUACAGAAUGAAGUGCCUUUUUGAAUGUUAUUUUAAGAUAAAAAUUCAUUUUUGUAUAAGACGUAUUUCCAGACAUCUUUUAGUCUUGUAUUGUCUAAAUGCUUUAAAAGGAAAAAGGAAAAAUUUUAUAGAGCACUGUAAUAUAUAACAAAGGAAAAAGUUGAAACAAAGAUGCUGGGUUCCUGUCUCCACAAUGACAUUAAGUUGUAUUACAUUUUGUCAUGCUCAGAAGGUUGAAGCGUUUGUGGGAGGGGUGAUUUGGGUUAAUUACAUGGUUGUUUCACUGAUAUGAUUUUGGGCACAGUUUUGAACGUAUCUGCAGUUGUUUGAGUAUUAGGGAAUGAUGGAAUUGAGAAAAUAAGGUGGCUAAUAGAUCUAAAGCACCUUUUAGUCUAGACAGAUGAAGUUCUAUUGUCUCUGCUUACGCACAACUGCCAUGCCUCUCGUUUUUUGGAAAACCAUUAUCUUGGGAGAAUGGGGAGGAGAUCUAUUUAUUAGUUUAAGAUUCUUUUCUUAAAAAAAACCCCAUCUGGGUAAGCUGGAUCUGUAUUGAGCUGUUUGGAGUACUUUUUUCUUUUAAUUGCUGCUACUGUAUACUCACCAAAUGGAGUUGACCAUCGGCUGUUAUACUGUUUUUGCCACUGUGCCUGUGCUAUGAAACAUUUUCUGUAAGCUGCAAACUUGGGCAAUAAAUAAAAUGCAGGCUUCAUAACCCACCCCUAUGUAUUAAUCCUAUGGUAUCUGAUAUACCAGAGAACUCAUUUAAAGGUGACCUGUAAAGGUUAUUUAAAAAAAAAAAAAUUCAAUUGGGAUGAAGCCCUCUCCUUUCUUUGUUAUAUAAAAAUGCACAAAGUAUUUUUCCCACAUCUCUGGUUUGUAUUUCUUUUUCCCCAGCGUGUAAGGUACAGAUGGGGAGCUUUAUUGAGUCUCACUAGAAGGGCAGAUGUUACUAGCCUAGCCUAAAAUUGGUCCUCUGGCUUUGGAGCUGAGUCAUUCUCAUCUCUAAAUCUGAGAACCUGCUUAGCAUCUUCUGUAGUGUCAUAGGUACCCUUUCAAAAGGAUUAACGUUUAAAUAGAUUAAGCCUUUGAAGAACAAGGCACACCUCUUUUUUUUUUUUUUUUUUUUUUCCCUUUCCAGUGUCACCUUUUAAUUACCUGCACCAGAAAUCUACAAACAGAAAAAUUACAGCUAUGUUAGCUGUCAUCAGAGAAGACUAAAUAGACUAGUUGGUGCUUCUAAUUAGCCUAGCACUAAAUUCUGAAUGGUAGAUCCCCUUGGCCUUUUUCAUUUUUUUUCUCAAAAAGUCUUGAUGACUUGGAAAAAAAUUUUGGAAUGGACUUGGAUCGUCAUCCUUGUCUAAAACAUUGGUGAAGCAGCUUAACAAAUUCCUUCAUAGAAGGGCAGGCCAGCCUACGCAGGCAGUGAGUAGGUUGUCAUAGGUGCAGUAUAAAACUGAAAGAUGACUUGUCCCCUCGCAGUGCAGCUGUGCGCCAGCUGCUGACUGUGCCGGGUAGCGAGGGAUGUUGGAGGCAGUCCCGUGACACUCGUGAGUCUGUACGGCAUCACCGUUUUGUUUUCUUACCAGUUGGCAUUACCUUAGUACUGUAUAAUUCUGUGCCACAACAAAAGACAAAAACUGUCAAAUUAAAAAAAAUAAAAAUUCAAAAAAACCUGUGUUGGUAAAAAAAAAAAAAAAAAGACGUAUGGAUUCUGGUUAGUCCAUUAACGUUUACUUUCAGUUUAAGAUUGUUUAAUUUUGUAUUUGACUUCAGAGUAAUGAAACUGUAAGCUGCCAAAAAGUUGUUCUCUGAGCAGUAUUUUCAACUGUGUUUGUAGCUUCUGGGCUUCAGAUGCAGUUUGCAGGGAAGUAUUCAGGUUGUAGUUAGUUGUGCAGGUAUGAUAGAAAUGGCUGAAAAAAUUCAAAGACUUUUUCGCUAGCAUUAGACCAAACAAUCUUCUAAUUAGACAAUAAAUGACCCCACCGAGACAUUACCAUUUGAUGGUUGUGACCUGUUGUACGAGAUGAACCAUGUCAUUAGUUCGCAUUUAUAAAAGCAGCGAUUUCAUGAACCAGUUGCCUUAAGUCUGUGAAUGAAUGUUGAUUAUUAAAGUGUCUUGUAUUGUUUUAAAAUCCACAUAUAAUGGACAACUGAACUUCUGCACCAGCUUCUGGAAGAACGGUUCUGAUGAUGUUCUGUGCAACCAUUCUUGUUCUGUAGUGUUUAUUUUGGCUCUUGAAAUCCACGAGUUUAAAAAUAAACAACCAACUUUAUUUUAACAUAGUACAGCGUUAAAAUGGUACUUGGUGACAAUACAAAGGCAAAACACAACAGUUUUGAUCUCUGCUAGUAUCUUAAGAGUGUUUUCUAUAACUUUUGAUGGAAAAGUUAUUUAUUUAUUUUUUAAACUCACUCCCAUUGAAAUAAAACUUGGAGUGCUCUGCAGUCAGGUUUGGACUUGCCUGGGUACUCAAAUUUGGCCAAAGGGAUCAAACUGUCGUACUUGUUUAUUUUGAUGCGCUAUCAUCGUACUUGAAAUUUCAAGUGUUAAGUUUGCGUGAAUAUACAUACGCUAUAUAUUUAGAGUUUCUAGAUUUUAACAAAGCAAUAUAGUUCUGUCCAUAAAGUCAGAUAAUGAGUGGAAUGUUUGUAAAAUUUGUAAUACGGGUAUUUGAUUGUAUUUUAAAUACAAGAUUUUAAAAAUCAAAAUAGGAAAAAAAUACUACUUUCGUACAUCUCUUGCAUAUUUUGAAGUGCAGUUAAUGCAUGCAGGUCACCAGGGCGGUUGUUAAACCCUGGUUUUCAGUUCUGUUUCUGGAUAUUACAGAAGCAUUAAAUAGUCUUUUCCAGUUGGUCAUUCUGUUCAGCUAAAGAAAUGCUGCCUGGCCUGAAGUUCUGUUGUCCUUUUUAUGUCGGGCUAAAAAAGGUUCUUUGCCUGUAUAGGUAUUUUUAAAUUAAGCUGUAAGGCAGAAUGCCUUAGAUUCUUGAAAUUCAACUGAAGUGUUACGAUUAAAUUGCCGUUUGUAAACUAGGGCUGUGCGCAGAAUACUUGUUAACCACCAGGAAGCGUGGCAGGUUGUGAAUGGAAGGUCGUAGCAAAUGUACAAUAUUGCUGUGUUCAUUUAGGUAGCUUUGGAAGAAUAAUCUGUCUAUUUGUUUUGCCCUUUAAUCUUUUUUAAACAGCAAAGUUGUACCUGGAAGAAACUCAGCACCUGAAGAGAUUUGGUUAUCAGUGUAUGCAAUCACUUUAUCACAGCAUGAUUUGAUUAGACUGGUUGGGGACAAUAAAGUAUCUAAAUGACACUGGUGUGUACUGAUGUUGCAGCUCUUGAAAUUUCAGUGUAAAAAAAAAAUCUGUAGCUCUCUAAUUUACAAACACAUAAUCCUAUGUUUUACAGAUUCUUUUUAAACUAAUAAAACACAGUACCGCACAGCCCUAUUUGUAAAACAAAAACAAGUUUGUGCCUCUGAUUUCCAAGGUGCUGUGAUGUUAUGCCUUUGUGGGGCGGGGAGGGCAGGUGAGACUUGCGUGGGGCAAUUGCUUAAAAAUCUCUGGGCUAACUAUGCAAAACCAGCUGUCACUUUUCUGUUUCACAUUAUAUUGUAAAAAUCCAGCUGACUCUCUUUCUUUCUUGUUAAAGAUCUAUUGGGAGCUUCUUAACAGAGGAGUAAGCAAUGGAAAUGUUUCUUUUUUCUUUUUUUUUUUUUUUCCUAAUAAUGGAGCUGUUUACACUUUAAUGCAAUGAACAAUCCAGCGAUACUUGAGAAACACUACAGAUACCAUAUGAGUGUUUUCAGGAGAGAGAAGUGUUGUCAAUCAGGUAUUGAAUGGUUUCUUUACUGUCACAAAUAAAAAAAAUUUAACAAUAUAGUUACUUGUGCAUGUAAUACUUCUCUGGGAAAAAUAACUUCUGCACUUCUUCAGUAAUAGUCGCUGCCCUAGUUUGACAGGGACUUUAUUCCUGCUAUUGCAUAUCCGUGUUAGCUAGUAAAAUCACCCAUCUCUGUUCCACUCUCCUCCUCCUCUCCUCUUUUUAAGUCAUGUAUAGGACUCCUCAUUGACUGCCCUGGCACCUGCUUGUGCAAACAGAGCUGAUGAACUACUGAUGAACUCUGCUAAAUAAAUUGGUGGUGACUCUUGCAGAUGUUCCAGCUAUUUAGAUCUCUUGGAUGAGAUCAUACAAUAAUUUGUUCAAGUCUCAAAGCUGUGUGACUUCUUUUGAAGGGCUUACUUCAGCUACUUGAAUAGCUGUUCUUAAAAUCACUGCCGUGUCCAAAUGAAUAUCUGAAUAAAACACUUUAUUUGGUUGGAAACUCUAUUUUGGGACUUUUUAUCUGACACAGUAAGACUUGGGCAGAGCCGUCCUUUCUAGGAAAAGGCACAUACUAUUAAUGCUUUAUGAGCAGAAAACCUCAGGCCUGUUAGAAUAAGCAGCUGGCUCAAGAUAACACAUUAGUUGCAAUUAAAAAUAUUUUUUUAGUUAUUCCUGUAAUCAGUUGGAAUUACCUGGACUGCCUGUACUUUGUACUGGUGGGUUGGGGGUUUUGAUCUAUUUUAAUUUUUAGGUUGGUUUUUUUGUUUUGUUUUAGUUUUACGAGUCUCCCUAGCUGCUACUUAGCAUAAAGAUGCCUUUCUUUCACUCGGUAAAACAAGUAUUUCGAAACUCAUAAAACAGCUCUUUUAUAGUGGUGAGAAAGGUACUGUUUUUCUAUCCUGACUGAUUGAAACUGUCUGCAAAACUGAAUACAUGAUAGUCUAUAUACAUAUAUGCCUUCCAAUAUUUUUUUCCCCUUUUUUAUUGUGUUCUGACUCAGAAGGAAAGCCAACCGCUCUGAAAUUCCCUGCAAGGUGGGAUAGGGCUCUUCCAGGUGGGCUGCAGCUCCAGGGGACCCUGCAGUCUGCAGCAGUUUUCCUGGCAAGCGACCUUCGCCUUCCAGAUUUCCCACCAACCCAGCUAUGCUGGCAGGAGACCAGGUGAAGUUCUCCUGGACUCCUCUGUUGGUUCUGCUGCCGCUACUGGAAAAUAAAUUAUCUUUGGGUAUAAAAUAUAUUGGUUUGGACAGAUUGGCAAACUCUAAACUUGAAAAGCAUCCAGGUGUGUUUUGUUUCAAGCCUUCUCAAGUGCUGUUGGGAAGGGCACAGCGCUGAGGAGCAGGCUGUCCUCUAAUUGCCUAAUGCCGCCGUUAAUCAGCAUUUCUGAAGCACAGGACAUACACAAACAUCUUAGUCUUAAUGAGAGAUCGAUUCGACUCCGUGAAGUAGGUCCGCAUCUGCAAUUACACACCUUCCCAAAGAGCAAUUUAACAAGGGUAGAGUUGGUCAUCGCUGAAAGCAGCAGCAACCUGGAUUUUGGAGGUGCUGGCUGUGUCUGUGUCGCUGUGCCCCCGGACCCUGGUGGAGCCCGUGCUGCAAUCGUACCUCCCACCGCUCCUCUGUGCAACUGGCAUCAUUACAUUUUGCAACCGCCUUUUAAUUUUCGGGAUGUAAACACGUUUGAUCGGGAUGUAAAUUGCAGGAAAAUGCUGGACAAAGAAACGCAGCUGGCACCCCUCAGCCUUGGCCACCGCCCCGGGCUGGACUGCAGCUAGGACAAGGCUGUUGCUACCUGAAGGUGAACAGAGGAGUCACCGUUAAGCCAGAAACAUGUCACCCCCUCUGAGAGCCACUGUUCUUCCAGAGAAUGAGGGUUGAUCGUUUUGUUCAUACAAACGCCAUGUACACCACCCGUGAAUUCCCAGCAUUUCAAUAAAUGUUGCACUCAAAGAGUCUGAGGGUUGUUGGAGGAGUUACUGGCUUGAAAAUGGGUUCUUUGUCAGAUUUUAAUGAGCUUUUGUGGUGAAAACCAAAUUUCUUUACAGUGUAACUUUGUGAUGAUUUUUUUCAUGCUUUGAUUCAGUUUGACAAUAAACUAUCUGUGUUAUUUUUUUCA